AUGGCACUUCAGGAUGAAGAGAACAUGAUGCUCGAGGAGAUACAGAACCGCAAGAGAUGGAUCAAGGAGAUAGAGACUCUGUUUGGAAAGGCCGACAGUGAUGGAAGUGGCAGCGUCGAAUGGGAGGAGUUUGAGAGUGCCUUGCAAGACUUCCGCGUGCAGAUUUGCUUCAAGAAUCUUGGGAUUGACCUCAAUAAGGUGAGCCUGGACCAGAUUUGGCAGCUCAUUGACUUUGAGGACAAAGGCUACAUAGAUAUAAGCGAGUUUGCGGAUUGCCUGAUGGAGAUGCACGGCGUCGCGCACAGUAUCGACAUUGCGCGGCUGAGGCUGGGCUUUGGAACCUCUUUACAUGCCAUUCCGGCGUACAGUGUUGGCAUUUGCCUUUGCAUAGGUCUGCGUGUUCGGUGCCAUGGACUCACCCAAACAAGAGCAAGUCAAGAGGGCACCGCCGACCACGAAGCAUUAGCGGAGCUUCAUGUGGCUUGUAUUGGAGGGAUCAGCGUUUAUGGUUUGAUGACGAGAUGUUGUUACUCAGACGCACAUAUUCAAGCUGUUCUGGGAUGA